UUGUCUGGUACAUAAGCUUGAGUGGGGCGGUCGCAAUGACAACAGAGCCGAAAUGAAGCAGAUUCACGGUGGGGUGUUGCAGAUCUAUAAAGAACCCGUACACUAUCAUGUGAGGUUUGUUUACUUCCGCCCCAACCUAAACUGCACGUGUAGUAAAAGGCCAUGGCUGCCCCUGAUUCCAUUAAACCCUUCAACCCAGAAGAGACCCAGAGGAUUCUGCAUCAUCUGCAGCAGCCUGCGGUCUUCAUUAACAUGACCGGUGGCUGGCCUGCCCUCCACUGGACUGCAGAGCACCUGUCUGGCUGCCUUGGUGACAAACUCAUCCAAUUCAGACUUGGGAGAAAACAGGAGACAAACUCACCUCUGUUUGAAACCCAGUGUUCCUAUGUGGAGGCCAGACUGGAGCACUUUCUCAGCUGGACCCGGGACCGGCCUGGGGCAGAUGUAGGGCCUUUCUGUGAUUACCCCAACUCAGAGUAUUGGGCUUAUGCCGACUACAAAUACAUCGCCCUAUUGUUUCAACAUCAGCCUUCCAUGUUUGAGGAUGUGAAGUGGUCAGAGUUUGGUUUUGAGGGGCGCAAUGGGAGAGAAAGCACCUUAUGGAUCGGCACAGCUGGGGCCAACACGCCGUGUCACCUUGACUCUUAUGGCUGCAACCUGGUACUGCAGGUACAAGGACGGAAGCGCUGGCACCUCUUUCCUCCAGAGGACACCGUUAACCUCUACCCAACCAGGAUCCCCUAUGAGGAGUCCAGUGUCUUCAGCCAGGUGGAUGUUCUGCGGCCAGACCUGAGCAGGUUCCCUGCAUUUCAUGGAGCCAGGGCCCACAUCGUCACUCUGCAGCCAGGACAGGUGCUUUAUGUCCCCAGACACUGGUGGCACUAUGUGGAGUCAUUGGAUCCCAUCACUGUCAGCGUCAACUCCUGGAUCGAGUUGGAGGUGGAUGACGUGGCAAGAGUUGGUGAAGCUGUGACAAAGGCUGUCGUCUUUGCCCUUAAAAGUGCCCCAAGUGAUGACAACAAGGACAACUGGCUUAAUCCCACUGAGGAAGGAGUAGCAUCCCAUAAUGAGAGCAUGCAGUAUGUGAACCUGGCAGUGAGAGCUUGUGAAAGACAGAGGGGCCUCUGCCACAGCAAACUGACCCAGGACCAGAGAGACACCAGUCCAGUCAAGCGGGACUACAGUGGACAAAUCAGGGAAAAUAGCAAUUUGGUCAGGGAUUCUGUGCCCUUCAGCGUUCCCUUUGGACCACAUCUCAUCCCUGUACGCUGUCAGCGUGAGUACUCGCCGGAAACCACAAAAGAUCCGGAGGUCAAAUCUUCCAGGAACUGCGAUGCCAAAUCUCUGGAGGACUGCACUGUCAGCGCAGAUGCAGCACAGAGAACCAAGCUUGUAUCUGCUGUCGGACUCUACCGGAGAAAACAUGAAUGUAGCGAUGGUUUAACUCAAUGUAGGUCACGUGACCAUGCAGAUGGGAGGUCAGAAAAUUCUUCAGGGGAUUAUGAAGAAUCAGUUCACACAAAAAUUACCACUAAUGACCUGUUAGACUGCCUGGUGCAUCCUGAUAUCAUCUCCCGUGUCACUGAGCUUUUACUGGAACGGCACACAAGAAGUCACAGGACCACUACACCAUCCUAGCUUUAAUAUUCACAAGCCAUAAACAACAUACUGUAUGUUAAGGCUAGUUUGCAGUAAUAAAGAAAUGUGGAAAAAACAAAGAUUUUUGGCUGCAGAAAUCCAUCCUCCAAGCUAGCGGUAAUUCUCUGGUGUCUGUGAAGAAGUGAAAGAGGAAAGGAAGGAUUUUCUGUGUUCUCUCAUCUGUCAAGGUCCCCCUGAGAUUAACCCUGGAUGUGAGAAGUCACAACCAAAACUAAUCGUAAUGUGAUGAGUGACGCAAUCGAACGGCUCUAACAUUUCCAUUUUUUUCCCCCUGCACAUACUAAUCAUGUUUGCGUCUUCCAGAGUCAGAAAAAUGGCCGCCUAAAUCAAUUUAGUAUGCUAAUAAGCCACAUAAUUCAAGAUAAUAAUUCUGACAUGUGAACAUUUGUUUUGUGCAUAAUGUUUCCCUGUCAUUUCCUAAUGAAAAUUGUCAUUGAACAACCACAGAAGGCUGAUCGUAAUGGUUUGGUGAUUGAUGAAAGCUGUGUAAGGAGCGAUGAAUGGAAUGGGUUUGAAAACGGUCUGCCGCCACAGGUCACACAUCUGAGAGAAAGGAAGGUUGCACAUGUACGAGAAUAAUAAACCUAAUCUUUGCUAAA